CUCCAAAAGACUCCCAGAGUCACAACCAUCAUGUUUGCCGUUCGAGCUGCAAUUACAAAGGCUAAACAUCCCAGGGUCAUCAUACCACUUUCUGAUACCAACAACACGGCUGCUCGAUAUAAAGCUACACUUCCGGUGGUGCAAAAAGAUAAACCAUCCUGUCUACCGUAUUCCCCGUUUGGAGCGAAACAACCGAAUACGGCAGAAUGGACCGUGGCACGUUUGGAUGAUUUACUUAACUGGGGCCGUAAAGGCUCGAUGUGGCCUUUGAUGUUCGGUCUUGCGUGUUGUGCCAUGGAAAUGAUGCAAGCUGCUGCCCCACGUUACGAUGUGGAUCGGUUUGGUGUGCUGUUCCGUACCUCACCACGCCAGACGGAUAUGAUCAUCGUGGCCGGAACGUUAACCAACAAGAUGGCACCGGCGCUAAGGAAAGUAUACGACCAAAUGCCCGAACCGCGUUGGGUUAUUUCGAUGGGUAGCUGUGCGAACGGUGGCGGGUACUAUCACUAUUCGUAUUCGGUGGUGCGAGGUUGCGAUCGGAUCAUACCUGUUGAUAUCUACGUCCCCGGAUGUCCACCCACUGGGGAGGCUUUGAUUUACGGCAUUCUGCAACUGCAGAAGAAAGUUAAACGCAUGAAAACGGUACAGUUAUGGUACCGUAAGUAG